AUGAAUAACAUUGUAGUUUUCUUUAUAUUUUCUUUCUUGCUUCCUCUCUCUUAUGCCAUUGAAUUUGACUUUUGUGUAGGAGAUCCAACUCUCCCAAAAUCACCCAAUGGGUAUGCUUGCAAAGAUCCUGCUAAUGUCACGAUAGAUGACUUUGUUUUCACUGGUUUUUAUGAAAAUAAAGUAACCACGAAAAACAAAUAUAAAUCUAACGUGAUUUUAGCAUUUGCUGAUACAUUCCCAGCCUUAAAUGGUUUAGGUAUAUCUAAGUUGAAGGAAGAGAUAGACGUAGGUGGAGUUAUACCAGCUCACACCCACCGAACAUCAGAAAUUUUGGUCGUAAUUAAAGGGACAAUACUAAUAGGAUUUAUUGACACGAACAACACUGCAUAUUAUAAGCGACUUAAAAAAGGAGAAGUUAUUGUCAUUCCUCCAACUAUGAUUCAUUUUCAAGUCAAUGUCGGUCCAACUCCGGCUAUUGCAUACGCUAGCUUCAACGGCGCAAACCCGGGGAUUCAAGUCGUUAGUUCCGCCUUAUUUGCUAGCAAUGUACCAGCUGAUUUAAUUGCCAAAACCACUCUUCUAAGUCCUCAAGAGGUAAAGAGGAUGAAGUUGAUAUUUGGCAGUGCUUAA